AUGGGUGGACAAAAAUCCAAACCAACUUUUCCAAAGGCAACGGUUAGUGAUGCUUCAAGCAGAGCUACACUAUCGGGUGCUAUACCACCAAGACGUCGUAUGACUCAGAACUACUUGGUGAUUUGGGUCGAUGGCAACAUCGACGAAAACAAUAGCGAUUGUCGAAACACGCUGGCACAAUUACGCGCAGUGGUAAGUGAUGUAAAUGUGUGCACGACACCAGAACAGUGUGUCCAAUUUCUCAAUGAAAUUGAUGAUGGCAAAGCCUUCAUAAUUUCAUCGGGAGCAUUAGGACAAAGCCUUGUAAAUGGCAUUCACAACUUACCAAAAGUGGAUGCCAUUUACAUUUUUUGCGGCAACAAAACGGGACAUGAAUCAUGGGCGAAGAAAUGGCCAAAGAUUCGAGGUGUUUUCACCUCGAUCAGACCGAUAUGUGAAUCGCUGAAAAAGGUCGCGCAUGAGUGCGAUCAUGAUUCAAUUCCCAUGAGCUUCGUUCCAAAGCAAACGAUGGCAGGAGAAGCAACAGACCCGGAUCAACGAAAUCUUGAUCAAUUACCGCCGACUUAUAUGUACUCGGUAAUUUUCAAGGAUAUUAUAUUAGAGAUCGAUGAUGCCGACUCUAACUCUGUGAACACCUUAGUGAGAUUUUGCCGAGAAAAAGGUAUUCCUGAACAAGAAAUAAAUGAAUUUAAGCGUAACUACCACCAGGAAUCAGCAGUCUGGUGGUAUACCAAAGAGAUUUUUCUCUAUGGUAUGCUUAAUCGUGGGUUAAGAUCGCUUGAUA